AUGGUUGUGAAUUAUUGUCGACCACUACUAAAAAGGAAGGAAAAUGUUUUGCUAGGAAAACUUUGGAAUUUGGGUGUUCGUUAUGAAUGUUACGAAGUUAACGAUUCAAAAGUCGUACGAAAUCUUUCAACUCGUGUAGUAUCUGAUGAAGAAAUUCAAUGUCUUGCUAAUGGAUUAGAUUAUGGUUUAAUUCCUAAACGAGUCGAUAAGCUCAUGAUUGCGAAUAAUAUUGAACAAUUCUACCAUCGUGUUACCGAUAUCACCCAACAUUAUAAGGAAUUCACGAACGAACUGAAGGAAGCUGGAGCUGGAGCAAUUGUUAAAAGUGAUGUGCGUGUUUUGAAUUCAAAAGAGCUUACAUUGGCUGCUGAUUUGCGUUCGCUAACUCAAUCGUUCUUUCAUAAGGCUAAUGAAUUUCGACAGCAAAAUAACAAGCUCGACUCUAACGAAAAGAAUUAUCGUGCUAUCCUGAAAAAAUUGAGAGAAGGUGAUUCAAUAAUUAUUACUCGACCUGAUAAAAGUAGAGGAAUUGUGGUGAUGAAUCGGCAAGAUUAUGUUAACAAAAUGCUAACUAUUUUGAAUGAUUCUACAAAGUUCUCUUUUUUGCUUGAAGAUCCUACAAUUAAAAGAGAGAAACUUCUGAAUGAUUUAUUAAAACGAUUAUAUAACGAACAUUGCAUUACAGAUCAAUUUCAUUGUAUUGCAGGUGCUACUGGAUCGUAUCCUGGACGACUUUAUGGAUUUCCAAAAAUCCAUAAAGAAAACGUACCCCUUCGACCAGUGCUCUCCUCGAUCGGGACAUUCAAUUAUGGACUCGCAAAGGCUCCUAGUCAAAUAUUGUCGACGAUUAUCGAGAAAAAAAACAUGAUACGUGAUUCUUUUGAUUUUGUCAAAGAAGUGCGAACAUUAUCGAAGGAUUUUUCGAAACAUCGCAUGGUAUCAUUCGAAGUUUCUAGUUUAUAUACAAAUGUACCAAUCAACGAAACUAUUGAAAUCAUUCUCAACUCGUUAUAUGUAAUCCAACCUAUACCGCCAAUUAUGAAACGAGAUGAUAUUAAUGAGCUAUUAAUCUUUGCCACAAGGAAUUCUCAUUUUCUGUUUGAUGGCAAGGUUUAUGAUCAAAUUGACGAUGUAUCAAUGGGAUCUCCACUAGCUCCUCUCCUUGCAGAAAUUUUUCUGCAAGAAUUCGAGAGAAAAAAUUCAUCGUUGUUACAAGAGUUGGGGAUCGUCUAUUGGAAACGAUACGUUGAUGACACUUUCGUACUGCUCAACUCACAGUUUACUACAAAGCAUGUUUGCGCUGAGCUAUCAAAAUGCCAUCCUUCUAUUCAAUUUACCAGUGAAGAGGAAGAUCCCGUUACACGCACUUUGCCAUUUCUAGAUGUACUUGUUCGAAGGAAGCCUGGUGCCGAUUUUCAUACGGCAAUUCAAAUAUGUUCAUCGAAGAAUUCCCUUCACAAAGAAAUCGAUUUCAUUCGAGGAUUAUGUGCAAAAAAUGGCUAUCCGGCAAGAUUUGUUAACUCAAUUAUUAAACGACAGCUAAAUCUACAAAAAUCAACUGCCCCUCCUACACCUAUAGAAACUACUACUGAUACAGUAGUACUACGUGUUCCAUAUUUCGGAGCUGAAUCUCAAAUAUACGGUAAACGCGUAACAGCAGCAGCUGCGAAGCACUACCCUCUUAAAAAAAUCCGCGUCGUAUAUGAUGUGACAGACCGUAUUGGACGUGGUUUCCAAUUGAAAGAUUCAAUUGCUGAUGAGUUCAAAUCUGGUGUAGUUUAUGAAGCAACUUGCAGCAUCUGCAACCAAGCAUACGUAGGACAAACGCUUCGCCAUCUAAAAACAAGAAUUCAUGAGCACAUAUUAGAUCUAAAGAAAUUCUUGCCUCAAACAGCAACCGUCAAACCAUCAACGAAAUCUAAACAAAGAAAAGAAAAGAAACAACAAGAAACUAAAACGACAAUAAAGUACACAGCUCCACUUACUAGAUCAAAAACGGGCAAGCUUCCACCAGUAGUUGUUAAGUUGAAUUCCGUGGACCUUCAUAACCUCUUGGAUCAAACCAAUCUAAAACAAAAAAACGAAAACAUUCGAAUCCCAAAAUCAUCAAUAACAAAACACUAUAUCGCGACAAAUCAUACAAUAACAGAGGAGAAUUUCAAGAUUUUACACAACGAACAACGUAAAUACAGGCUAAAAAUUAAAGAAUCCCUCUUAAUAAUAACACGAGCUCCUCAACUCAAUGGAACUGAACGAUCAAUGCCCUUGAAGAUCUAUCCUGAUGGAUUAAACACUAACGAACAAAUGUAG